UGAUGAAAAUAUACGGUCUUGUACGAUCGUAAGCAAGGCCAUUUUUUCAGUGAAUUAGCCAGUUCUGUACGGAUAACUUCGAACGUGUAUUCUACAAUUAUGGCGCUCCUCGCGAAACUUGUUAAGUGCGAGGCAUAUUUUGCUGCAAGGACUUACAGCAGUAGCAUACCAACAGUUAAGAUGUACAUUGAUGGCCAGUUCGUAGAAUCAAGAGCUACGGAAUUCACCGACGUUCACGACCCAGCAACAAAUGAACUUUUAUGUCGUACCCCGAAAUGCACGAAAGAGGAAAUGGAGACAGCGGUGAAAUGCGCAAAAGAAGCUUAUGCAAAAUGGAAAAAUACGAGUGUACUUACCAGACAAACACUGAUGCUCAAAUAUCAAGCCCUUAUUCGUGAACACUCGAAAGAAAUCGCAGAGAACAUGGUAAAGGAGAAUGGGAAGACAAUGGCCGACGCCGAGGGUGACGUUCUCCGAGGGUUACAGGUGGUGGACGCGUGUGCCGCGAUUCCUUCUCUUCAAAUGGGGGAGAGCACGCCAAAUAUCGCCACAGAUAUGGACAUAAUUUCCUACAAACUUCCCCUCGGCGUAACUGCCUCCAUCUGUCCCUUCAAUUUCCCGGCGAUGAUACCCCUUUGGUCGUUUCCGGUCUCGGUCGCCUGUGGAAACGCCGCCAUUCUCAAACCAUCCGAACGCGUGCCAGGCGCUUCGAUGAUCCUCGCCGAUCUGUUCACCAGGGCAGGCGCGCCACCAGGAUUGUUGAACGUUGUACACGGCCAACACGCGGCCGUCGAUUUUAUCUGCGAGCAUCCGGACAUCAAAGCGGUCUCUUUCGUCGGUUCCGAUCAAGCGGGAAAAUACAUUUACAAACAAAGCAGUGCUCACGGAAAACGCGUGCAGUGCAACAUGGGCGCGAAGAACCAUUGCAUCGUUCUGCCGGAUGCGAAUAAGAAUAAGAGCAUUUCCCAAAUCGUGGGUGCCGCGUUUGGAGCGGCUGGCCAAAGAUGCAUGGCACUCUCGGUAGCCAUAUUCGUGGGUAAGUCGAAAGAGUGGAUCCCAGAAUUGGUUCGAGCAUCGAAGAAAUUGAAAGUGAACGCCGGACAUAUACCUGGGACCGAUCUUGGACCAGUUAUAUCGCCUCGAUCCAAGAAGAGGAUAUGCGAUCUCGUCGAGUCGGGAGUGAAAGAUGGCGCUACGCUAGCUCUCGAUGGCAGAGGGCUCGUUGUCCAUGGUUUCGAAAAGGGGAAUUUCGUUGGACCGACCGUGUUGACCGAUGUGAAGCCUACCAUGAAAUGUUACACCGAGGAGAUCUUUGGACCCGUUCUUUCGUGUAUUUUCACCGACACUUUGGACGAGGCGAUCGAUAUUAUUAACAAAAGCCCUUACGGAAACGGGACUGCUGUAUUCACGUCAAACGGUGCAACGGCAAGAGCGUUUGUAAAUAGGAUCGAAGCUGGUCAAGUUGGCGUAAAUGUUCCUAUCCCGGUACCUUUGCCAAUGUUCAGUUUCACUGGAAAUAAGGGGUCAUUUUUGGGCGAUAAUCAUUUUUACGGGAAGCACGGUAUAAAUUUUUACACACAAGUGAAAACGAUAACUCAGCUGUGGAGGUCCGGAGAUGCCGGUGAUAUCGCCUCCUCGACAGCUAUGCCGACUAUGCAAUAAGAUGCAUAAUAUUCGUUGAUAAUAUUCGCAUCUUAAAAAAUCUUACUGUAUAUUAGUUACCGAUUUUUGCGAUGAAUGAAAUAGAAUAAAAGUUAUUCCUUAAAAAAAAGGAAAAUAAGCGAUAUUCUAAAAUUAUACGACGAUGUCUUCCAUUAUUCCGAUAAGUAAAUAAAAUACUAUGUUUACUAUAUUUAUAUUUUGUAUCAAAAUAAUAAAAUAUUUUUAGCAAAA